CAUUGCUAUUUGCCUGUGCCUCAUAUCCCCCCCCCCCUUACAGGAACACUGGUGAGAAUGCAGCAUCCUCUGCAGUAUCAGCCAGCAGCAUUCACAGACAAGACUACAAGCCCCACAAUCCCCUGCAUGUGACCUGAGCACUGGCUGAUAUUAAGAAGCCCAGGGAGGGAGAAGGCAGCAGUGAGUACUCAGUGGCUGUCAGACUUAUACUUUGGCUGGGUCUCUUUAUUCUCAUCAACUUGCUGACUGCACCGCCCUCCUUGCAUUUCUAAUCUCACUGCUUCAUUUGUGCCUAUUUAUAAUCUGGGGAGAGUGAAGAGAGAGCACUGGAAGACUUUUUUCUUCUUCAAUGUUUAAACCUCCACCCUAUAUUUUCACGCACGUCGUCACUUUUGCUAUUUAAAAACUGCACUCUUUUUUUUAUUUUUUUUAAAAAUUAGUAUUUGUCGCAAAGCAGUCUUCAUAAAAUUGAGAUUUCUUUUGUAUUUUUACGAAGACAUUUCCCCCCCAUUUGCACGGUUCCCGAUGCCGAGGAGAUGGAUAGAGAUGGGAAGAUGGUAGAGAGGAAGCAGCAGCAGGGGGGUGAGGAUGGUGCAGGGGGGAAGAGCAGCCUGUCGGCCCAACAGCAGUGCGAGCUCAUCCAGAACAUGAUCGACAUCUCCCUGUCCAACCUGCGGGGGCUCCGCACACAGUGCGCCGCCUCCAACGACCUGACACAGCAGGAGAUCCGGACCCUGGAGGCAAAGCUGAUUAACUACAUAAGCAAGCAGCUACAAUGCAAGCUUCAUGUGCCUCGUGUUGAGAGAACAGAAAUACUGAACAGCUAUCCAAGAGUCAGCGACUGGUUACACACGAUCAGUGUGAGAAAUGAAGUUGUUCUGAAAAUAUCUGAAAAAUUAACACUAGAUGCCUUAUUGGAAAUGAAUGAAUUAAAAGUGAAAGAAACCAUGAAGAAAUGUGGUGCCAACACAGAAGAGUGCUCCAGACUUAAUGGAGCUCUAUCCUGCUUAAAGAAAUUAGCACGUUCAGGGGGGGACAUGAAAGAUACAAUAUGGAAUCCUCCAGAGAUACGCAAAGAGAGCUCUUCCCAACUUCCAUCUGAUAUUUCCUCUCCUGUUGGAUCAGCAUGGACUCUUAACUCUCAGCUUCUGAAGACCAACAGCCACCAGCCUCGUUCUGUUUCGGUUUCUGCCAUCCCUUUCUCAGACUCCUCUAUCACAAGCCAAGGACCUUAUAUUUAUGCAGAGAACUUGCAGGACCCCUUCUCCUCCUCAACACCUGUCAGUAGGUUAACACUUAGGACUCCCCAUGGAAUUACAAUUACCCCUCCUACAACCCCACAGUUAAAGAGGCACAUAAAGUUAAAGCCUCCUCGGACACCACCCCCUCCAGGCCGCAAGGUGUUUCAGCAGUUACUUCCCAACUUUUCAACUCUCAAAAGAAGCAAGUCUCAUGAAUCUCAGCUUGGCAACAGAAUAGAUGAAGUUCCUUCUCUUAAGUUCGAUAUCCCUCAAGGGUCCCCACAGAUGGUAAGGCGAGAUAUUGGGCUCUCCGUUACACACAGAUUCGCUACAAAAUCCUGGCUUUCUCAGGUGUGUCACGUCUGUCAGAAGAGUAUGAUGUUUGGGGUCAAAUGCAAACAUUGCAAGUUAAAAUGUCACAAUAAAUGCACAAAAGAUGCUCCUUCAUGUAGAAUAUCAUUCCUUCCAAUAGCCAAAAUACGGAGGACAGAGUCAGUUCCUUCUGACAUAAAUAAUCAGGUAGACAGACCAGCAGAGCCUCAUUUCGGAACUCUUCCCAAAGCACUAACUAAGAAGGAACAUCCUCCAGCAAUAAACCACCUUGAUUCAAGCAGCAACCCAUCUUCUACUACUUCUUCCACACCUUCUUCUCCGGCGCCCUUCCAGUCUUCAAACCCUUCCAGUGCUAUAACCCCCCCGAACCCUUCCCCAAUGGGCUUGAGGGACAGUCGAUUUAAUUUCCCAGCUGCCUACUACAUUCAGCAUAGACAACAGUUUAUCUUCCCAGAAAUAUCUGUCCCUACCGAAGCAACGCAUGUUUCUGAGACUUCAGAGAACUCCAGUGCUGAGGCUGAAAUGGAAACUGAUGUGGCAGAAGAGCAAGAAGCUGAGGUGGAAGAGCAGGAUGCUAAUAAAUCUGAGCCAGAAUAUGACGAUGAUGAGCUUGAUGAGCUUCCCAACUCCAGAUACACAAGUGGAACUUUCAGGGGAAUGAUCAUCCGCAAGGCGAGCCAGACCAGCGUGUACCUGCAAGAGUGGGACAUUCCCUUUGAGCAGAUAGAACUUGGAGAGCUCAUUGGUCAAGGGAGAUGGGGAAAGGUGUUUAGAGGGAAGUGGCAUGGUGAGGUAGCCAUACGUUUAUUGGAGAUAGAUGGCAAUAAUCAAGAUCACUUAAAGCUGUUCAAAAAGGAGGUGAUGAACUACAGACAAACACGGCAUGAGAAUGUGGUUUUGUUUAUGGGAGCAUGCAUGCAUCCUCCUCACUUGGCCAUCAUUACCAGUUUUUGCAAAGGGAGGACACUUAAUUCAUUUGUAAGAGACCCCAAAACAUCCUUGGAUAUCAACAAAACGAGACAGAUCGCUCAAGAAAUUAUCAAGGGAAUGGGCUAUUUGCACGCCAAAGGCAUUGUCCAUAAAGAUUUGAAAUCCAAGAACGUUUUCUAUGAAAAUGGGAAGGUUGUCAUCACUGACUUUGGGCUGUUUGGCAUUUCAGGGGUGGUUCAGGAAGGAAGACGUGAAAAUGAACUGAAGUUGAGCCACGACUGGCUAUGUUAUUUGGCGCCAGAAAUAGUGCGAGAGAUGACUCCUGGCAAAGGUGAAGACACACUUCCCUUCUCCAAAGCUGCUGACAUUUAUGCUUUCGGCACCAUUUGGUAUGAACUUCAGGCUAGAGACUGGCCGUUGAAGAGACAAGCAGUUGAGGCCCUUAUCUGGCAGAUUGGAAGUGGUGAAGGCAUGAAGCAAGUCUUAUCUUCAACAAGUCUAGGGAAAGAAGUUACUGAAAUCUUGGCUGCGUGUUGGGCUUUUGAUAUCGAUGAAAGGCCAAGUUUUACACUCCUUAUGGACAUGUUGGAGAAGCUGCCAAAACUGAACCGAAGGUUGUCUCAUCCAGGUCACUUCUGGAAAUCUGCAGAGUUAUAGCUGCUGGCACACUAACUGGGCAUUGCCUUGCAUGUUUCCAUAAUAUCUUCUGCUAAUCUUCAGCUUCGUGGACAGUGGCCUUCCAUCCACAAAACCAAUAACAGAACUCCUUUUUUAACCCCCUUGGAUGUUCUUCUGCUUUGAUUUUCUCCUGCCUGCUCUUUUCUUGGUGUGGGCUAUUUGCUUGAAUAACAAAUUCUGACUGCAAAGGGAAAAAUACUUGGCACUAACCAUACGACUCGGCAGCAUAUUUGCUCUCUCAAGCACUUUUUUGACAAAAAUAACAUUCUCUGAAGUAGGGAUACAAGCAUUAGGAUUUUAUGCUGAGUGUUUUAUGUGUGUGUCUGUAGAAGUAGUGUCAUAACAUUUUAAUUUAUCUGUGUUUAAGAUUGUCCAGCAAAUGUAUACACACAACCAUUUUUAAACAAACUUUUUUUUUAAUGAAUGUGUAGCAUAUUCAGAUUGUUCAGGCCAAUAUUUUGAGACAGAUUACUUUUAGUACUUCAGGGGGCUGAAGCCUUUUCCAUAUCCAGCAAUAACAACGAGUAAAUGGUAUUUAUAAUUAGCAUCCACUGUGGCCAUGUAUGUAAUUUACUAUACUGGUAUGUUAUAUUAUAUUCUAAAUAACUUUUAUCCUUAAAAUUACCAUUUCCCAAAGCAUCCUAUGAACAGUUUUUCUCUGUAAUGUUAAGCGAGUACUUGAUGGUAACUAAGCUAGCUUAGAUCCAUACUGGUUGCAGAGCAGUCCCACUGGGGUUUUUAAUGUUUAAAUAUUUUAAGUAGCUUAAAUGCAAUGAAUGACCCCAUAAUACAACCUGUACCUAUGUAUUAUAAUGCAUGAAUCACUUGCUUCUAAAGAAAACUUCCCAAAGGCUUUAAACUAUGCAGGAGUUUCUCAUUUAACUAAUGAGUUUGAUACUUCAGAUUAAAUCAAAGCGAUUCUAUUGGGAGAGAUGAAAAGGUAAAUGCAGAUAAUUCUGUGUGUAUUUAUACAUAUACAAAUAUAAUUUAUACAUACACGUGCAUUUUACAGGCAUAAUGGCUUUACAGCAUAAUGCCAGGGAAGCCGUUGAAAUUGUAUUCAAGAUACAUUUAAUUUAAUAAUGUACAAUAUUAUGUGUAAUGUGCAAGCUGGCCUUGACUCCUCCCCCCUUCAUUUCGCUUAUAAAAUGCCUUUUUGCAGCUAUAGUUUUCGUUUGCGCCCCUAAAUUCAUGAAAAGUUCAUUAGGACCUGUAUUUUACAUAUCAAUUUGUAGAUGUUUUAUUGCUGUAAAUUGUAUUUGUAAUUUUUAAAUAUGGAAUAGUAAACAUUUAUACAGAAAACGGUUCAUCGUGCUGCUCAGUUAUUUGUUGGACAAUCUUACAUCCCGUUCGAUCGAUGAUAAUGAUGAAUACAUUUUGUAAAGUAGAUUUAGAUAUAACUUGAAUUGAAUUGAUUUUUCUAACUUGGAAAUAUUUGUUUUGUCCUCCUUUUUUCAGCAUUAACGGUAGCAAAAUGAUCUCCCGUUAUUAAAGGCUUGGCCUGGAAAUCUUGGAGCAGGGUAGCCUACAAUGGAAUAUGUCAAUUGUAAAGUCCCCUAACAGUGCAGCAAAUCUCUGAUUCGUUCUGCAGCCAUAAGGCAGGCACAGUAAACCUUCUGGCUAUUGGAUUUCUUUCCCACUGUCACUGCAUUUCCAUUAACCCAUUCUGCACUGAGCAAGAGCACUGCAGUGCCAUUGCUACCUUUUCCAGUGCUGAAUGGCUUAAGCCUUAAUUGUUACCUUCUGCUCAUGUUGUUUACAUAUGAUUUUAGGCUUGUGAAAUUGUAUUGUGUCGAUGAAAUGAAAAUAAAUGUGACUGACUUUUUAUCUUCUGUAUAAGCUAUGAGAAUAUGAGAAGUGACAUGAAAAAGACUUUGUUCAUAAACCUUUGGUGGGCAUCCAUAAUGCUCCAGCAGUAAGCCGCCUAAGGAUGCUGCAAAAUCUUUGACACUCUAGUAAAGUGCUAGAAGUUCAUGAUCAUACAUUCAUUCUGACCCACAAUACCCUUAAAUUCAUAAUUAUUUAGAUAUGAGUUAAAGAUUCCAAUAAAUAUUUAUUACAGAGGUUAUAGCUUAGUAACUGACUUGCGAUACCCAAUCUCUUAAAAAUGUUUUGACAGACCCAUUGUCAGCAACUGAAUUAACUAUAUUACAUAUAUCAUUUUCUGUAUGUAAGAUGUAGAUCUCUGUACUGCUGAAGUGAAUCUUUCACAGGUUUUCAUUACUUCUUCAACUGUUCUUCCCAUGAUAAUUCAUGUAAUAUCUAGAUAAGUAUGUUUUUUAUUGCCCCUAAUACCCUCAUCAGAGGUUGUUUAUGUGUAUUUCACCACAAACCAGAAAAGAAAUACCUUUGUUUGGCUGGGGGUUCUCCUGUUUUAUGUCACACGUACAGUCAUUAGUUUUUGUCAGAGUUUAACUUUACUUUAAUGCAGGGAUCACGAGUAGCAAGAUCUUUGUUGAGAUGCUACAGUUCGGUUGACUCUCCUAACUCUGCUUAUUAAUAUACCUUUUAGAUUUUCCAUAAACACAAGUAUAUAGAAAUGUGGUAAAACACUGAAGGAGAGAGCAUUUUUAAGCAUCUUUUAAAUAAUUCUGUAAAACAAACUCAAUAUGCCUUGAAACAAAAGCUCGUUUUUGUUUCAGAGAUUUACACUUAUUUUCUAUUUAUUAAAACUUUUACAAAUAAGGGCAUAGCCUGAGUGUGAGUAAAACAUUUUCUGUGUUUGCACAGGAGGAAUAGCCUCAAUUUUAGUUCCUGCUCAUGUUUUAUAAAUAACUGCAAUUGAAUGAAAAUAUAAGUGAUCUGCAAAUGUUGUGUAGGUCUCAAACUUUACAUCACUGGGUUUGAUUCUUCUGGGUGUCCCUUGGGAAUGUGGGCAACUCACAUCAACUUUCUGCCACCAGCAAUAAAACUUAGAAGCUCUACAGCAUCUCCAUCUAAAGCACAAGGUGGUACAAAUAUUGUAGAACUACUGUAUGUAGAAAUUAAUAACCUGUGUAUAAAUGCAGUUUUGCUGAGUUUUUUUUUGGAAUCUGAUACCUGCCACAAUAAUUUCAUGAAAAUUCACAGUUUUUAUUCAACGUUUUGUCACUUUAAUACAUAUUGACCUUUAGCAAAAAGCUAACGUUGCUGGCAGGUCUCCCCAUAAGUUUCUAAGGCUGGUAGUACCGGGGGGAUCUUUUCUGCUGGUUGCAAAGCCUGAAAUUCCUUUGCAUUGAAUGGGAAUUAUUGACUCCAUUAAAACUGGUGCUUUUUAGCUAGCCAAAAUCAGGAUUUUUGGGGCUCAACAUUUCCAGUACUGAUGCUAUGAGGCAUCUCUCACAUUUUUUUGCCAGCAUUUAAAAAGCCCUCAUUGUGCCAUGGGGUCCAUAUGCUGUGAGUGUUCCAUGGUCCUCUUUAACACAGAGAACAUAGAAAAUAGUAUAUGUAAAUAAUUUUUCCCACCCAAAGACACGAGUAAAGCACUGGCCAGUGUAUUGGAUCUAAACACAAAAAAACGAUGCAAACCUUUCUUAUACAUUUAUAAAUGGGAACACUUUCACCAGAACUGGGUUUUGAUGGCCUCUAUAUUUGGUUUGUAUAUAUUUUUGGAGAACAGGCAUUUUAAAAUGUGAGGCUUAAAAACGAUCUAUUCUAUCUAUAUAAUAAAUACCUUGUUGGCCGAUUAAAAUGAUGACUUUCUUUUGUACGUACAAAUGAAUUUCAGAUUCCUGUCUUCCCGCAGAUUAGUAUGGCAUCCUGUGCUUGCCUUUUUGCUUUCAGACUGCACAGAUAAGCAAGUAACCCUGCAAAUAAGGCCAAAUAGGAACUGUGGUUUGGCGACAUUUAACUAACUAUAGAUUUUACAACAGAUUUUAAAAAUAUAUUUGGCUUUCUUUCUAAGUAAAACAUUAGCCCCAUGUCUGAGUAAGGUUAACAUGCAUUUAAAUAUUUUUGGAAGGUAGGAUUAGUAUGGUAAAUAAAAAAAUAAAUUACAUCUGUCCAUGUGUUUUCCAAGCAAAAGUUCACUUGAAGAAUAUGUUUUCAUUUUGCAUGAGACCCAAUAUGGAAAAUCAUUCAUGUCUGAGGAGAUUGGUAGCUUCCUGUUCAGACUUUUUGUUACAGCAUAAUAUCCCAAACAACAAAUCUGUGCAGCAGUGCAAAACUCCUUGACUUCAUUGUUUUCACUAACCAGCCCAUGCUUACUGAAACAAUUUAACUAAAGCCAGCAGCCCCUACUAUAGAGCCCCUGACACAUGGGACAUCUAUCUGACCGCAGAAAAGCACCUAAACCCUCCACUCAUGCCUCUCUGUUAACUGAAUCGGAAAUACCACCUGCAUCAGCACCCCAUGUGCCAUCAGUCUAUGAGUAUAAAAACUCAUUUUAGUUAAACAAACUGCUAAAAGCCUUUUCCAGAAUCCAUUUUCAAUGGUUCAAACAGUGUAUUUUCUGGGUCUUUCUUUUCAACUCAAGUGGCUCAAUAGUAUUUUCCAUGAGAGAUGGAACAUCACAGACGGUAUAGUGAGACUCCCAUAUAACCUUUGAUUUCACUGCCAAGAUACUGUAAUUCUUACAGUAUCAUUGGGACUGAACAGCCAGUAUAUCAAGGCCUUUACUCCCAACUAAAACACCUUAGAGCCUAGUUAUAUGUGAAUGCAAGUUUUACUAUAAGUAUGCUAUCGCUUUCAUAUUUUAUAUCUGAGCCGUAAUAAAUUUUAUUCAGUGAUACAUAUAUGAACACAUAAAAGUUAGCGUGUGUUUUUGUUUUAACAUGGUAUCACCCAUGUCACUACCCACCAGCGGUGGCUCUUGCAUUCAAGAAUAAAGAGGCCUAAACAGUCUCUUUUGGCUGUCUAGAGGAAAAUUGCCUGUGGUCCUUACUGCUCACUCAGUGAUUUGGCCUUUUAUAGCUACAGUAUACCAUUGUCAUGUCCCAUUUCAAUAUGAGAACAUGCAGUGGAUAUGGAGAGAAGAAUAGAUAGCAGAAGACACUAGGAGAACAAAGUAAUGAGAGAAGGGAGGACAAAUAUUUUGAAGGGCCUUCUGCUUGAGGUUUUGUGGAGGGCACCUCAGCCCAACACUGCCCACACGCUUGACCGGUUUAAUUGUUUUUAAAGCGUAUGUGUCAUUGGAAUGAGAUCACUAAAUAUGAUGUUAGAGUGAUUAUUAUAAACAGAGAAAACCAGGGUGUAUAGCCAUCAACAGCUCAGAUUAUGGCAAGGCUCUAGUUGUUUGACCCCAUUUGAGGUGCAGCAUUUGGUUGGGGCCCCCCAACAAACUUUACAUAACAUCAAUCAUAGUGCCAACAUGCUAAGAAUAUCUAUAUAUCAUGCAUAUACUGAAAAUCCCAUCCUAACUGAGCUUCUGCUUGGGCUUCCAAAGCACCGUGCAUAGGGAGCAGAUAUUCUCUCCAAAUCAUACCCUAUAUUGCCUGCAGGGUGUGUUCCCAGUUACUGCUUGGUGAUUCAAAUAUAAUCUGUACUCACAUAUUAGCUUUGUGUCUGAUCUCAAUUAAACAAUUUGGGGAUUGAAGAGGAUCAGAGCAAUGGCAAAAUGGUUAAUAUUAGAAACAAUGUGUACAAACAUAUAAAGGAUUAUGAAAAUAUGGCAUUCCUAUAUGGCCUUCUGCUUUGUCACAGCUGCACCUUCCAUCAAACUAAAGGUUAACCAUCAUUUACAGUUAGUGCUCUUUUAUAGAUGUGAGGAGUUCCCUUUAUCAGUAAGGAUUUCCUUUGUUCUGUAUAUAAAUCUUUUUACCUAUGUGACACUCCCUCAGUAGGGCUGUUAAAUUCUUGGGUGAAGGUGUAGCAAAGAUCUGCUUUAGAUAAGAAGUGUUUCAGGUGCAAUAAAAGAUUUAUUAUGGGCAGAUUAUUAUAAUGCAUAGAAUUAUGUACCAUAACUGUGUGUCUAAACAUAUUGGAUAAAAUCUUUUUUUCACAACCCCUGACUGGGCUUAUUUAUCAACACUGGGCAAAUUUGCCCAUGGGCAGUUACCCAUAACCACCAAUCGGUGAAGAGCUUCUUAAAGCUAGCUUCAAGUAGAUCAAUGAAUGCAGAUAGAUUGGUUGCCAUGGGUUACUGCCCAUGGGCAAAUUUGCCCAGUGUUGAUAAAUGACCUCCUACAUAGACACAAUAGUUCUCUGAUGUAUACAUCAUAGUUUUUAUUCCCAUAAUCAACAUUUCAGUGGAAUUUGCAACACCUCGCCUGCAAACACGAGUUCCUAUGCAAGAUAAUAAUCACUACUAGAUCUUACAAAGUAAGUGUAUGAUUUUAGAAUUUAGUCUGCUGUUUCACACGGUUGGAAGUCUAUGAAGACUAGGGGCCAUAAUCUCUUGGAAUGUCACAUCUGCAGUUGGACAGCCUGCUUACACCAUGUGUCCUAAGUUAUUUUUCCCUAAGUGUAUUUAUAUUUUCAUUUAGUGUGGUUGACAACAGAUGCAAACCCAAGGGAUACGAUUUUCAACACACACUCUUACUGACUUCCAUUAAUCAUUACACAAUUCAUUAACAAUAUAGGUCAUCUGAAACAAAUUUCACUUCCUCGAUUUGUCACUGUUUAUGACCGGAUUGAUUUUCAGGCAGUAACACAAAUCAUGUGAAUUCCAAACAAGCCACACCGAUUAGAAUGUUCCUGUAAAAUGGCCUUUUGUCUAAAUGGAUUUUAAUACAGUCAAAUAUAUUUUCAACAACUCCACAAAAUGUCCAGUAGUAUAAUAACAAGGCUACAAGGGUAGCUAAUUCAUUCACUGGACAUACACUGAUAGAGUAAGCAUUCAGCUUUGGGGUGGAGGCCCAAGCAUAUACAUGGAGGUGUGACUUGCAGCAUUUGGAUAGGACUGUUGGAAUGAUCAUGUGCUCUACCUGGGUGCUUUUUUUCUUUUUUUUUUCUUUAACUGUUACACUUUCUGACUUGAUGGGAAUAGGAAAUACAUUAGUAAGAUUAAACUGCAGGCACUGACAAGUGCAUAAAAUAUUGCCUAGUCCUGUGAAAACAUACAAACUGCUUUAAGUUUGGUUUGAUGCACUGGUGUGUUUCUAUUUUUUGUUAAGCAGAUUUUCCCCACACCUUUUUUAAAAGACCACUGAUUUAAAUGUGACUAUUGCUUUUAGUAAUCUUUUCUUAUCAUGUUAUAGUAAGGGAGUGAAUCACAACUGUAAAACGUGUGUCCUUUUUAGACGUGUAGAAAUGUUUAUUUUGGCUGUACAAUACCGCUCUAUUGGCCAAAACAUCAGUGCUAGAUGUAAAUGGAGUCUGUACUAUGGUGUACUGGACGCGUAUCUUUUUGAAUGUGUUGUAAAAUUUUGUACAGUAAAAUUUUUUAUAUUUUCUAUCAAAUGAGUUUGUCUUCCAGAAUUGCUAUUAAUUUAAGGAAACUGUUAGUAUUAACAAAGGUUCUGUAUUAGUUAUGCAAGCAGCAGAAGUGCACUCCUAUGCUAAUGAAAUUUUGGGUAUAUAGGAUUCUGUAACGUCAAUAAAUUCUCUCUUGAGAAAACAAA